AUGCCCGAUCCCAGGACGACUCCAGAUUCGCAGAUGUUCGUUAAAAAGAAAAUGGGCAGACCUAAGGGACAGCACUCAGCUCCCAGGGGCGGGCCACCCCGAUCGUGGACCAACGCCGAGCUAACCGAAGCACUGCAGCACGUAUGGAACAAGAAGAUGACUACCAGUCAAGCGUCCAGGAUAUUCGGCAUUCCCUACAAUUCGUUGCUGAUGUAUGUUCGGGGCAAAUACGGCAAAAGCUUGAAGUUGGAACAGCUGCGAAAGACUGUAUCGGUACCAAUGCGCCCACUAUGGAUAUCAUGAAUAUGUCCGGAGCCAAUCCCGGCAGUCUGGGCAAUAACAACAAUAACUCGUGCAAGGGAGAUAGAGAGGAACAGAUACAGCCUAACACCAGGCCGUCAAGCACCGGCGAGGACCCCACAACAACGACGUCACUGCCGGUCCCAACCUCAACGCCUGGCAGUGGCGGAGGCGGCGGAAGUAUGACAGGCAGUGGUGGAGGAGGCCAUCCGCCACCCCACUCGCUUUUCAACCCCUUCCCGGUCGUUUACCCUGAUUUGCCGGGCAGUGGCGGCGGAGCUCCAGGAGCGGCAGGGUUCCCUAUCCCUGUCAGUAUGAUCCACCUGUUGCCCCAAAGCGAGAAGAGUCACUUUUCCCUCACCAACGCUGAUGUAAGUAAA